AGCGCUGUGCGCGCCGUGCAUCGUAAGUGGCGGCGGGGCCGAGCCGGGCCGGGUCGAUGCUGGCGCUGCGCUGGGGGCUGCGCGCCGCGAGCGGAGGGUUCCGGCCGCGGAACGUGCUGCUCGCCAUGGCGAAGAGGCCGAGCGGGGCCGGCGAGGCGGCGGAGGAGAACGGGCAGCAGGAGAACAAGAGGCUGAAGGGAGCCGCGGGUGAGGAGGAUGCGGGGGAUCAGAGUAAAAGGACGCCCAAAAGGAAGAUCGUGCUGCUGAUGGCGUACUCGGGGAAAGGCUACCACGGCAUGCAAAGAAAUCUGGGAUCUUCGCAGUUCAAGACAAUCGAGGAUGACUUGGUGUGUGCCCUUGUUCAGUCAGGCUGCAUCCCGGAAAACCACGGCGAAGAUAUGAAGAAGAUGUCGUUCCAGCGGUGCGCUCGGACGGAUAAGGGUGUGUCUGCUGCUGGACAGAUUGUGUCGCUAAAGGUCAGGCUAAUAGAUGACAUCUUAGAAAAGAUCAAUAACCAUCUUCCUUCUCAUAUCAGAAUUCUGGGGCUGAAGAGAGUCACUGGGGGAUUCAACUCCAAGAACAAAUGUGAUGCCAGAACCUACGCGUACAUGCUGCCAACGUUUGCCUUUGCCCAUAAAGACCACGAUGUGCAAGAGGAGGCUUAUCGACUCAGCAAAGAGACCCUUGAGAAAGUCAACAGCCUGCUUGCCUGCUAUAAAGGAACACACAACUUCCACAACUUCACUUCUCAGAAGGGACCCAAGGACCCCAGCGCCAAGCGAUACAUAAUGGAGAUGUACUGCGGAGAGCCCUUUGUGCGGGAGAACAUAGAAUUCGCAGUGAUCAAAGUGAAGGGCCAGAGUUUCAUGAUGCACCAGAUACGGAAGAUGAUCGGACUGGUGAUAGCCAUUGUGAAAGGUUAUGCUCCUGAGUCUAUCAUAGAGCGCAGCUGGGGAGAGGAGAAAGUGGAUGUCCCCAAAGCUCCUGGGCUUGGUCUGGUCUUGGAAAGAGUACACUUUGAGAAAUACAACAGGCGUUUUGGAAAUGAUGGGCUGCAUGAGCCGCUGGAGUGGAAGGAGGAGGAGGAGAAGAUUGCUGUUUUCAAAGAGCAGUAUAUCUAUCCUACUAUUAUUAACACAGAAAGGGAGGAGAAAUCCAUGAUGAGCUGGCUGAACACCCUCUCCAUUCAUGACUUCAACUCUUCUGCUGCUGAGAUGGACGCUAACAACAAAAAUUCAAAGAACAGUGAUCUUGAAGGCAGUGAUGGUUGUGAUGAUGAUUCUGACUGAGUCAAGACAUCGUCGGACCUGGGACCCUUACUGCUCACAGCUCACUUUGUCUACAGAAAAGUGGCCUUCCUAAUCCGAGAAUCCAGUAAAGCAGGGGAUUUCAUACUUACAGAACAAGGAGUAGAUGCCCAGGAGAAAAUGAGUGGGCCGAAAAAAAAACUGCAGUAGUAAGACUAAAAGAGGCUGUGCCACUGACUGAUUCACCUGACUGGCAUACUUGAAAAUGUAAUGAGAAAGAAGCUUUCUAAAGGAUUCUUGUAACACAAGAUGUCUUAAUUGCUAUUUGAAUAAUGUUUUUAUUAGAUGUUUACCUGGAAAUAGUAUUUUAAAUCUGUGUAAUCUCUACGUAAAGAUGGGACAAAACAUUUUAAUACACUUUUUUGGGAUUAUUUUUAUGAAGUUAUGACUCCAUGAACUUUUUUUCCCUUCAUCUUUAAUUAGCCUGAUCUCUAGACAUCAUGUUAAGCUUUAAUUUUUUGUCAUUCAUAGCUUUCUUGUGAAAUAAUAUGCAUGGGAUAGAAAUUCAUUAUGCUAACUGCUAUGAAUUUUUGCUCUUGAAUCAACCUUGUUGUUUUCUCAAGAUUUGCAGGUCUAAAGGAAGUGAUUCCUUGCUUCAGUGAGAGAUCUUAAUUUUUUAACAUGGCUUGAGCUAUAUACUUGAAGACAAUGCCUUUUAUUUGAAAGGUGUCAUCCUCCUGUUACUGACCUCAUGCCUGGGCAGACUCAAGAACAUAGAUCACAGCUACGCACACAGUUGGGCAUCCACUGCCUGAGGUGCUCUUUCACAGAGCUGUCAUUGAGAUGUAAGGAAAACAUGUGCAUUAAUUGCCAGGAUUGCAAUUCAAAGCAUGUCGCUGUGAAAGUUUCUGUGUUCCCUGGGGUGGGUUGCUAGAUGUGUUGCUGCUGGUUUAGUGUUUCUGCUUUAAAUGGAAACUAGCUAGCCAUCUGCUAGAUUCCGAGUUGAAUCAACUUGGCAUGUGUGAAAAGAAUGGUGCUGACUUCCUCUGGGCUUAAUCAAGCCUGCGUUUGAUUGGUGUGUGUGAAUUCUUAAUUUCUAGCAAGCUGCUUAGAGGAGUAUGUGCAGUGAUAUGGGAAGCACAUGCCUGAAGACUGUCUUUCUUUGGGAAUCAAUUUUUAUUUUCUGUGUUUUGGGAGUCUGCGUACUCUGGAGUUCUUCCUCUCCUUUUCCCAACUGCGAUUUGACUUCUGUUUCUCGUUGCCAAGUUUCUGUGAAGGUGGUGGAAGGAAAAAGCAAAAGCAAAAAAAAAAAAAUGAAGUAAAGGCAACAGCUCUCCUGCCCUUCCUAAUGGUAGGACCCUUGGGAAAGGGGGUGGAACCAGGCUCUGAGUAUUUGGAGUUUAGUAUGCAUUCUCGACAAACUUCCCUGGCUGGGUUUGUAUGCCAACUUGCUUUGUGCUGUAAAAGCUCACCCUCUGGGACAAAUCCAGGGCUGUAAGGGCUGCGGUCUUUGGUUUUAUUCAACCUCGGGGCACAGACUGGAUGUGUGUGAGGAUGUGCACCAAAACUCAUGGUCCAUACUGAACAUGGGAGUUACUUUUUAGAGGAGAUGGCACUCUCCUCCAUUUUUCAGUGGUUACUGAUGUUAUAGUUCCUUGUGGGAUUUGUUUUUAGCCAGAAUUGUCCUUAACAAGGGAUUUGCUUGUUUCAUAUGGGUUUUAAUUAGAGCUUUUUAUAUUUUUUGUGAAGGCCUUACUCUGUUUUAUCAUCACAGGACUAUGAGUGUUCUGAGGAGGGACUCUGCUUAGAUUUUCUUUUACAUCCUUUGCUAACUCAUAGUGUCAACCUAGUCUGUGUUAAACCUUUUGUCCAAAGCUAUUUCAGUCUCUUUAAAUCUGAGAAAAAUACCUUUAUUUACUUAAAAUGAAGGCACCAAAACUGACACAACUCGAAAUCAUCAGGAAUUUGUUUAUUGUCUCUGGAGAAAAUAAAGAACGGUUAUUUCCUA